ACUGACGUCUGCGAAGCAACAAAAAAGAUCAGCGAAAUAUAAACAAAAUUAAUUUUAGAAUUUUAUGACAACUUGUUGCAUCUAAUCUGAUUUAUUCGUCACAUUAAUGUUUGUUAUAAGUUAAAGUAUCAACAGGCACAAGUAUUCUUAAAUUAAGUGUUAAAUGUUUAUUAUUUAGAUUUACCCCAAAUACGCGUAACUAAGUAGAGGAUCUUAAGUAAAUCUUAAAGUGUUGGUAUUCUAUUGCGAAGUAAAAAUUUAGUUGGGAGCCAGAUAUUUGUUUUUGUUGCUCAUAAAUAAUAGUUUUUUUCUUUAAUACCGAUUUAAUUUCACAGCAAUCUUCGAUAUCGAUGUUAUUUUUAAUCAAGUUAUCUAGAAAAUUGAUUACAAAAGAUUGAAAUGUAUAAACCAAGAGACGCAAUUGAUGAUUGGGAACGACAAGUCUCUAAGCGACAAGCUUUCCACAAAUCAACUAAGCAAGAAAAAAUAAGUAAAUCAGACAAAUCGGAAAAACUUAAGGAACUUACCGAACUUUUAAAAAACACACAAAGUUAUAAAAAUCAAAAUUUUUUAUCACCAAACAAAACUAAAGUAACAGAUUUACCUAAGGUAACAGACUCAUUACAACAAAAUUUUAAAGAGCCUCAAAGUAAAGGUUUUAAUAAUCAAUCUACCUUAAAUGAAAUUCAAACGAAGAUUUUGAAUUUGAAACUAAGUAAUUCCAAACAACUUUAUAAAACAAGAAACAGACCAACAGGAAAUUCCUCGCAUUUAACGCCAUUAAACAUGAAUGCUUUAACAAAGCUAUCGCAUCAUCAAAAAUACCAAUUACAAUCUGCAUCAUGCGCUCGAAAAGAAGACUCUUUGACUCGAUCUACAUCUUUCUCUCAAAUCGAACAAUAUUCUUACAGCCAGAAUACUAAUUUAAAACAUUUCCAAGAUGUAAAAGAACACCAAGAUCAAAUGACAACAGAAUACACCGAAAAUGUGUUAAGGAAUAAAAAACUUGAAAAAAUCUUGUUUAUUCAACUUCAAUAUGAAAAUAAAAAAUUAAUAAAUGAAGAACAAAAAAGUAAAACUGACUUGAAAACAAACUACAAAAAUCAAUUGAGAAAAAUUUCAUUGAGUGUAAAGGAAAACAAAAACGAACAAAACCUGUCUGCAAGAAGAUAUAAGCAGUUAGUCUAUGAAAACAGCCAUCCAUUAAAAACAACUACGGUUAAACAAAAAAUGUUCAUAUCACCGGCCCAAAAUUGUAUACAAAUGUUUCCAGUAUUUAAUUGUGCAGAACAGGGUGAUAGGAACUUGAAAACAUUCUUAUUAGAAUUGAUAGAAAUUCCAGAAAAUGAAAUAAGUUCUUUAAGUAACAUUAAAUUUGAAUCUCAAAACAUUAAUCCAACAACUGUUCCAACACUUUCCCUUCACCGAAAAUUUCCUGUUCACCUUCAUACGCAAGUUGAGAACGAAAACAAACUAUUUAACUCAUCGAAAACAAAUAAGACUGUAAUUAAAUAUGAUAAAAGCAUCGAAAAUAAAAAAAGAAUAUCUUCGGAUUUGUUUUCAUAUUGUUUUGACGAUAAAUCUGAGGAGAAAAUACGAACAGAUAAAUCAAAACGACGUAAAGGAAUGUAUAUUGAUAGUACUGAUUGGGCAGACAACUCUCAGAAUCAACAAAGAAAACUAGAAUUAAUAGUUCCUAUAUACAAUUUAAAUCAUCGCCAUUCGUUUACAUAUUUAAAUAGCACAGAAAAGGAAGACGAAGAUUAUACUGGGUCAACCGAUUAUGUUCACUCAGUUUCUAAUGCACCUCCAAAAUACUCUCAACAGAUUUUGGCUUUUCGAAGUUCACAACAAAAUAAUGGAAUUUUCGAUGGUACGGUGAGGCUUUCCGAUUCAAACAAUAGAUCUUUUACAAGUGAACACGAUAUAAAUAUAUACACAAAUAGGUGUAUGUAUGGUAAAACAUUGCAAUCAGACAAAAACACAGUAAGCAACCAGAAUAAAACCAGCUCAAAUUCCCAGCUUUUGACACAAUCUCAAAUUUUAUCGACUGAAACAACUAAAAUCGAUUAUACUCGAGAUUCAGAUGAAAAUUAUAAAGAUGCAUUGGAUAACUUAACGAGUGAUACAAAUAGUUACCUAAAACUUAAUCAUGCAGUUUCGGAAUCAAUUUUAAGUCAGAAUAGAUACUGUAUAAAACAUUCACCACCUAAUUCAUUUUUGAGUCAACAAAAUUUAAACAUGAAUGAUUCAUCAUCGCCUAAUUCAUUUUUAAGUCAACCAAAUUUGAAUAUGAAUGAAUUUCGAAAAAUGCAAACAAAAAACUUAUCAUCAGGAGCAAAUACUACAACAAAGUCAAAGGAAAAAAAUAAUUUCCACAAAGACUUGUUUUCUAUGUCUAAGCUCUUAGUAGGAAUGGCUCAUCGGUCAGACGAAAGAUUAGUUCCAGAGCAACGUCGAAAAUUAUUCACAGAUACUCGUACUCACAUAGCUGAAGAAAUAUAUCGCAAUGAGCAGUCGUAUGUUGAAUCAUUGCAAACAGUUGUAUUAAAAUAUCUGAAUGUUUUGAAAUCACCGGAAUAUGCUGGAAUGAUAGAAUCUAAGACUGUGGACGAAAUAUUUUUCAUGGUUCCGGAUAUUCUUGCUAUUCAUGAAAAAUUUCUAAAAGAACUAAAAAAACGUUUAGAUACUUGGGUGCCGGACCAAAAAGUAGGUGAUGCAUUCGUAGAAAUCUUUUCAAAAACUGAAGUAUUAGAAGUGUACACAUCUUUUGUUAAUAAUUGUAAUAGAGCGAAAAAUGCUAUCCGCACAGCCAAACAGUCAAGGCCAUCAUUUGCUAGAUUUUUGGAGACUACAGCACGUGAACAUAAAGGAAAACUUACCUUGGACAAUCUGCUGAUUAAACCAGUGCAGAAGUUUCCAAACUAUGAAAUGCUUUUUACAAGACUUAUUAAACAUACAAUUGGAGAACAUCCAGAUCAAAAGCAUCUCCAAGCGGUCUUAAAACUAGUUCAUGACAUUUUAGUGCACAUAAACUGUAAGGAAAAAGAAAUUUUAGAAAAUGGUCAAAGAGAGGCAACUCUUCGGGAAAUAGAAAACAUAAUAGAGGGUAUAACAGAUCUGAUAACUCCUGAUCGACAUUUCAUAAUAUUUGAUCUGGUUUCAAUGCCAACUGGUCAAGGGACCAAAAAAGAAAGAGGUUUUUUCCUUUUUAAUGACUUUCUUCUGAUCACAAGUGUAAAAAGAAAAAGCGGAACAAUCAGAAAACAAAAUACCUCUUCUUGUCCCGCAAGUAUUGCAGUUACAUUGGACUCAAUUAAAUACAAAUUUCUAACAAAGGUUUCUCUAGAAAAUUUGGAAAAUAUUAAAUCUAAAGAGGAAACUUUUCGAAGAGAGAGUAAUGAAUUUGAGCAAAUGGCAGAUGAUUCCAAUAAAUUGCAACAAAUUGCUGAAAUAGCUGCAACAAUCAAGUAUCCGCAUCAAAUGUUGGACGAAGUCAUUCAUGAUAUACAGCUAGAAGUUCAAGGUCAGCUUUCUGAACAUCAAUUAAAUGAAACGCGUCUCAAUAUGCUAGAUAUUACUAUCAAUUCACCAAAUGGAAGCCAGCAUCUAGAAGUAAUAUUUAGUAGCGCGGAAAAACGUUGCUUGUGGGAGGAAGCUUUCAAUGAAGCUAAGCAAAAACUAGCUGCAACUUUAGAACGACAUCCGGUUCCAGAGUUUGUAACUUCGAUUCCUAUUGUCAAGACAAGGGCUGGUCUACAGUUCACAUGCGCAGAACCAACUCUACGUGAACCGAAAGAAGUAUGGGUGUGCAAUAGCGACGGAUAUGUUGGGCAAGUUUGUGUUAUGAGCCUCUCCCCGGAACCAAACAUUACGAGCUGUAAUGGUGUGUGUAAUGCUAGAAUUUUAUGUCUUGCAUCAGCCCCAGCGUGGAGCGAAAGCAAGAAUAAACGGUAUCGGAGCUCCUCAAAUGAUAAUACUAAUGCAAGUGAGCUUCAAAGGAGUAGCUCACCUAAAUUACCUGAAGCCGAGAGGAAAAGACUUAGUACAAAUGCAACAAGUGAUAUAAAGUUAGAUUCGAAUAGUUCUAGUGAUGAUUCUGAACCAGAAGUUACUUCAAAAGAGAAUAGGAUAUCCAGUCCAGUUCAUCUUCAUGCAGGAUUAAAUACAAACAACUGUCUUACGAAUCAGAACGCCUCCUAUUCUGACGAAACACAAGGAAACCAAUCAACAAUGUGGCUGGGGACUGAAGACGGUUAUAUUCAUGUUUAUAACUGCAAUGACACAAUUCGAAUUAAGAAAAACAAAAUCAAAAUUCAACAUGCAUCAGCUGUUUACUCAAUCCUGCACAUGGACAACAGAAUAUUCAUUUCAUUAGCUAACGGUGAUUUAUGUGUGUACCAUCGCGAGAAUGUUGGCUGGAAUACAACCUCGCCUCUCUUUAUUUCGAUUGGAACCGUUUCAAGUCCGGUGACGAAACUGAUGAACGUAUAUGGGAAGUUGUGGUGUUCAAUUCAAGGAAUAAUAAAGGUUUUGGAUACUAAAACUUUGCAAGUUGUUCAUCAAAUUCAAGUGUCAUCAGACUCCAAACCAAUAACAAACAUGGCUCUCUCUUGCAAAACUGUAUGGAUAUCUGUGCAGAACUCGGCAAAUAUUAAAUGUUUUCAUGCAAAUACGUAUAUUUUGCUGACUGAAGUAAACUUAGGACCAGCUGUAAAUAAAAUGUUAUCUAGUUGUGAUGACAUCAUUCGUCAACAUAAAGCAGCUUGUUUACGUGUUACGUCAUUAUUAUCGUGUAAAGAUCUAAUUUGGAUUGGCACUAGUGCAGGAGUCUUACUGACAAUAUCCGCCCAAGGUUUUGAGAAUGGAUCAGUUAAUGUUGUCCCAUCAGGUAUUCCAUAUGGACAUACAGGUCACGUAAGAUUCCUUACUUUUGUUGAGACAUCAUCCCGCGGCCAAAAUAGCACUUCCAAGUUAACAGAUUCAAAUUUAAGCAUAUACAAUAAGAACCAAAGAUCACCAAAGCACUGUAAAACCAAGACGCAACAAAGUAAUACACUAGUGAUAUCAGGCGGAGACGGUUUUGAAGAUUUCCGGAGCUCUGGAACAAAUAGCUUGAGUGAAAUUGCUGGACGAGAAGACAGUACAAAUCAUUUAAUAGUAUGGCAGAUAUAAAAUAAAAUUCAUUGUAUUUUGAUAUCUCUACAAAAUUAUAAGAAUUUUCGAAAACGUU